AUGGAUUCCCCACCGACUGGUUGGAUAAAAUGCAAUACUGAUGGAGCUUAUGAUGAAUUUUCUGGGGAAAAUGGUGCAGGCUUUGUGAUGAGGGACUUCUCCAACACUGCCUCUUUUUGUGCUUUUAUUGUCUUUGGAGUGGAGUUUGCUGAAGAAGCUGAAGCCAGAGCUAGUUGGGAGGCUUUGAAAAAAGUUGUGGAGCAAAAGCUUACUCACCUCAUUAUUGAGAGUGAUGCUGAGAGUUUGAUCAAUCACUUUUCUGCUGGCAUGUUUGAUGGAAACUCUAGAACGGAUGCUAUCUAUAUGGAUAUCCAGUCUUUCUCUUCUAGUCUUGUAGCUUGUCUGUUUACUUUUCAACCACGUAUCUGUAAUUUUGUGGCUCAUGAACUUGCCAAAUGGGCCAAAACGUACAAUUUUACUAUGUACUGGUAUGUUCCUCCAAUUUAA